CAAGGUGAAGGUGCUACUUGUGUAAAUCCCUUCUGAAAGGGAAACCCUGUUGGAGUGUUCUGCCUAGAUCCUUUAAGGAUUUCCCCAAAAGGUCACAGUGAAGAGCACUUGAAAGUGCUAGGUGCUAGUGGAUUGUAUGAAUUAAACCUCCCGUAUUGGUUUGCUGGUAUGAGGAGUUUUUCAGCACUCUGUGCCUCUAUACAAACUGCUCUGAUUGGAGUCAUCAGCUGAUGAUUUAAGGCAGGUGUGUUGGAUUGGGAAGGAGCCAGCAGUGCAUUGUGGGAUUCAAGUGAAAGAAAAUCUGCUCUUUUACUUUCCUGAUUGUGUUGAAUAUUGCUGUUUAUUUAGCUGUUGUUACCGUCUGAUGAGUUCAAUGCCUCUGCCUUAUUGGGCUUUUUGAUUUUUUUACUGUUUGGCUAGCUAAGCAGCAUCCUUAACUCUUAUAAAGCCCUCCUGGUAUGAACUUGGCCUAGAUGUUUGAUAUGGAUGUUCAGUAGCCAGACAGAGUCAAAUAAUAGUAAGUUUUUGUUUUCUUUAGAUCAAUAUAUACUUGAUGCAAGGUUUAAGGAUAAUGAUGUCUGGUGAUUCAAGAGAAAAGAUCUCUGAAAUUGCUCCAAGCUCAUUUGAAGAGUCCUAUGGUCUUUUUCAAAAAUAUGCAGAUGGAGCGUCAUCAUUAUUGUCAACACCUAAGGAUGCAGAGAAGUGUGACAGUUGGCAACAGUUCAGAUUGUUCCCAUCCAAAUCGUCUGAGAUAAACUAUGGUUCUUAUGAAUUCUUUGGUCUUGGAGCCACAAAUGCUGGACGUGAUGGAAGUUCCUGUGAUGGCACACAAACUGCUGUUCUGAUCGAUGAUGUGCUGGUAGACUGCCGUUUACCUUAUCUAGGUUCCUCUAGGAGGUCCAGAUCACCAUUUUCAGACAGUGAUAGCAGUCAGUACACCUCCUUCAGCGAUAUCUCAGGCUCGUCCACUUUAUUUGACUCGCCGUACACGAGGCCUAGGCCCAUUGGCUCGCGUGGGAGAGGAGGAGAUACUGCUGCAGUGUGUAGAGCGAAAAGCAGAGGGAUUUUCAGGUCGAGAGGUGCCGUUAACAUCCAGAGCUUUUAUUCAAACAUGGCGACACCAGCAUCGCGUGGCACAAAGCGGAUGCUGAUGGCUCCAGUCCCUCCGAGCAAGUUUGCCAAGAAGCAGAGGGUUGAAAUGAGCAUCAGGGCAGGCCUGAAUUUUGCAAAGGACAGUCAUAUUUCCUCUGAUGGAAAGGACAUGAAGGGAAAAGAAGCUGUGGAGGAGAAGCGCGUUAGAGUCCGAGAGAAACGAAGACGUAGACGAGAGAAGAACUGUGAGAAAUAUGGAGAUAAGCACAGAUUAGCUUUUACAUGUGCCUUUUGUAAAUUUCGCACAUUUGAAGACAAAGACAUUGAAAAGCAUUUUGGAAGCACAUAUCACCAUGAAACACUUGACUACAUUCGACGACAGGCCAAGUUUGAUGACCGAGUCAUUAGCUUUCUCCAUGACUGUAUGGUGCACAAGUUUCGUAAGACAGUGUCUGCUUUGUGCAAGUUACACAGUCUUUCAGACCAGAAAGCAAACCAGAAAGUCAUGGAAGGGGUGACUGAGGAUGACUACAUGAGGAAGGUGGAGGUGGUGCACUGUAUGGCCUGCAACAUUUACAUUCCUGCUGUUAUUACUUCUGUCCAGCAGCAUCGCCGUUCCCCUCAACACCUAAAAUCCAAAGUGGUGUACAAAGAGCAGCUGAAACGGGAGAGUGUGCUGACGGCAAAAGCCAUAAUAAAUAAUGACAGUGUUAAAGUUCGCUAUGAGAAAUACAUCAAGGGAGAAGACCCUUUUGUAAUGGAUGCUAAAGAAGACACUAGCUCAGAUUUGUCUGAACCUGAGGACAAUAAAAUGGAAAAUGAUGUUUAAAAAUGACCGUCCUCUGAUGCUUGAUAUACACGUGUUCAUUCAAUCCAUGUGAUGUCAUCCAACAUUAGGAACUCUAAAGGCAUCAGAUAGUGUUCUUCCUUUACAAGUUGAGUUUGUAGCAAAUUGUGCAGUUGGAGAUGUUAAUGAUUUUCAGUUCUGCUUUAAUGGCAGAAUUACAGGUGUUGAUACAUACAAUAUUGGGAUAGAGAUGGUUACUGUGUUAAGUAUUGUAUACUAGAGAAUUAUGUAUGUGUGUGUGAGAUUGUGUGUGGGGCAAUGCAUGCAUGCCAUGUAAUUUCUCAUGUCAUACUUUGUAUCUCUCUUCUUUCUUCCUUUGCUAGUUUCCAGUCCCUCUACCCUGUAUUGGUCACCCACUUGCAAGUGCUGUGCCAUUUCUGAGAAACCUUUGAAUAUGGCUUUCAAAUGCUUUGUGUCCCUCAUGUUAAUCAAUGAUCUGUUGUAUGUCCACUGUACUGAAAGUUUUUUUCCUCCUCAUCAUCCUGACUCAUUCAUUCACUCAUUACUCUUUUAUGUGUAUCUUUGCAAAACAGAAAUUUAGUAUAAAACUGUACAAGCCAGAUUUGUUGAAUUGCCUGUAUAUAAGUUAUAUAUAAAAUAUAGAUGAAAAAAAUAAAAGGCUUGAA